GCAUGGCAAACGAAAAGGAAAGUGACCAAUCGAAAGUGGAGGACAUACAAAAAAAUCGCAAACUAAACAGAAAGUUGCUGGAUUUGAGGGCAAGCUCGAAAGUUGAUCACAAUUGGUGGCUUAUUUUUGGCGUUAUAUUGGCGCUAACGUUUGCGACGAGAUUCUACAAAGUGACUGUGCCGGAUCAUGUAUGCUGGGAUGAAACUCAUUUCGGUAAGAUGGGCAGCUGGUACAUCAACCGGACGUUCUUUUUCGACGUUCACCCUCCGCUGGGAAAGAUGUUGAUCGGAUUGUCCGGCUAUCUAACCGGAUACGAUGGAAAGUAUCCAUUCGAUAAACCUGGUGACAAGUAUAAUGGGACGCACUACGAGGGUAUGAGAAUUUUCUGCACCGCCCUAGGUGCAGCCAUAGUGCCAAUGUCGUUUCAUACGGUGUGGGAUAUGACGGGAUCACUGACCGCCUCGGCUUUUGGCGCGGCAUACAUUUUGUUCGACAUCGGUAUGCUGAUCCUGAAUCGUUACAUUCUGCUGGAUCCACCGCUGAUCUUUUUCAUGACGGCUUCCGUGAUGGGAAUGGCUCGUGUAACGAAACUGACACGAACCGAACGGAGCUUCACGCGCGGCUGGUGGGCCUGGUUGAGUUUCACAGGGGCUAUGCUGGCCUGUACAAUUAGCGUCAAAUUUGUGGGAUUAUUCGUCGUGCUGUUGGUGGGCUUGCAUACGGCCAGUGAUCUGUGGGAUGUACUUGGCGAUCUAGCCAAACCAAUAACGUACACCGUUAAACAACUAUUAGCUCGAACCAUAACGUUGAUUGUGCUGCCAAUUAUUUUGUACGCAACCUUUUUCUACAUUCAUUUGCACGUGUUAAAUCGCAGUGGUAGCGGAGAUGGAUUUUACAGUUCUGGUUUCCAAUCCAAUCUCGUCGGAAACUCGCUGUACAAUGUUUCCAUGCCCCGUCAGGUUGCUUACGGUGCGGUAGUCACACUGAAAAAUCAUAAAACAGGUGGAGGCUAUCUGCACUCUCAUAACCACCUUUAUCCGAAAGGAUUCGGCGCCAGACAGCAGCAGGUCACUACAUACAGUCACAAGGACGAUAACAACAAGUGGUUGCUGAAGCCGUACAACAAACAAAGCUUCGACAAUGUUACACUAGUAAAGCACGGUGAUCUAGUACGGUUCGAACACAUCGCAACGAAACGAAAUCUACACUCACAUCGGGAACAAGCACCGGUUACGAAAAAGCACUUGCAAGUAACGUGUUAUGGUGAGGAAGGACAGGGUGACACAAACGAUGUCUGGCAAGUGCAAAUGAUUGGCGGUAAGGAUGGAGAUACCAUCGAAACCGUAACCAGCCGAUUGGUUUUCUACCACUACAUCGAACGGUGCGUGCUAACGACCACGUCCAAACAGUUGCCAAAGUGGGGCUUCGAGCAACAGGAAGUAACUUGCAAUCCAAAUAUACGUGACCGAAGCGCCGUUUGGAAUGUCGAGGAUAAUCAGUUCGAAAAGCUGCCAAGUGUAAACUUUCAAGUGUAUGCACCCGGAUUUUUGAGUCGCUUUUUCGAAUCGCAUGCCGUUAUGCUGCAGGGAAACUCCGGACUGAAACCGAAAGACGGAGAAGUCACAAGCAGACCGUGGCAGUGGCCGAUCAACUAUAGGGGUCAAUUUUUCUCUGGUUCUGAGCACCGCGUUUAUCUGCUGGGGAAUCCCAUCAUUUGGUGGAGCAAUCUGGUGUUUCUGGCAUUGUUUGUCGUCGUGUUCCUGGUGGAGGUAAUUAAAAACCAGCGGAAUGCAGCAUUAACGACUCGAGAUGGCGGUGGCGGCGGCGCUUCAAUGACAGCAGACGAUUUCAAAUGGCGUUCGCUGCGGGCAUCGGUUUGGCUUUUCGGGGGAUGGCUUCUGCACUAUUUACCAUUCUACGCGAUGGGCAGAGUGCUGUACUUUCAUCAUUAUUUCCCAGCGCUGGUGUUCAAUUCAAUGCUUGCAGGGGUGAUGAUCGACUAUCUGACAGGAAAGCUGCCCGGCUGGCUACGGCACGCGGCAUUGGGUGCAGCCCUGGCCGGGCUGGUCUACAGUUUCGUCCUCUUUGCACCGCUGGCAUACGGUAUGAAUGGACCGUUUUCGCACGAACCCAACUCGACACUGGCCGGGCUCAAGUGGAUGGAUACGUGGGAAUUUUAA